AUGGCUGCUCCAGUACUCAAGAUUGAAAUUGACGAGCUCACGAACUCAAUCCAACACCUUGAGCGCAGCAAUCGAGAACUGAAAGAGCUUCUGCAAACAGAUCCUGACCCCGAGUACCGCCUCGCCAUCGGUGAAAACAUAACAACAAUUGCAAAGAAGCGCGCACGAGUAGCAGCCCUCGAGGAGGAACUGCGACGCCUUACCGGCGAGGAGUACGAGUCCGAUGCCGUGGCACUGCCAGUCGCUGACGAAGUUCUGUGCUCGGAGGACGCUGCCUCAAGACCAGCUAGCACUGCUGGACCAGACGGCAUGCAAAUAGAGGAUUAUCAACGUCGCACCCACGCAGCGGAACCCACUGCCGAUAACAUGGAGUUGGACCCAGCCACAGGCAUGGCGAGCGCCGCAGGCAGCUCCGGAUCUGCAGGCGCUGGCGCGAGUACAGAACCAACAACACUAGUAGCCAGAUGUGCGGGGGUUUCCGUUGCGGCAGACCCCCAACCAGCCGCCGCGACGGACACAGGCCCAGGCUCGGGUGCCGGAGUGUGGCUGUGA